CUGUAAUUGCCAUUUGAUGUAUAACAGAAAGUGGGGCACGCGGUUUGUAAACCGCAGGGUCAUUCACAAUGAUCAAAUCAUAACACCGUUUGACUUGUGUGUUUGUGUAUCCACAAUUCUAUUUCCUUAAUGGCGAAGUUUUUAACUCGAUUAUAAGGCACCCAAGUCAAUUAUCUGUUCUCCACUCUCAACUCUCAACUAUCCAUCCCGCCAUGGAGGAGCCUCUGCUAUCAGAUAAGAGAAGUGGAUCGGUUGAGGCGGACAGUGGAAAAUGGAGCUCGUAUCAGUAUGUGGGUGGAACUGGUUCUGCGAGGCCAACUGCUUCAUUGGCUGGAACUGAGGUAAGUGUGGAUGAAAUACGAUCUGCUGCUGCUGCUUCUUCUGGUUACUAUCCUCCUUCUCUUCAUGGGGCUUUGGUUGGUUCACCUGAGCCUGAUCCUACAGAGCAAGCUCUUGUUUAUCAAGGUGGAUAUGGAGGAGAUUAUGGUGGACCAAGACCCCAAUUCCAGAGGAAAAUUCUGGAUGAAGUGGAGAUACGAGAGUUGCUCAUUGAUCAUGUUGGUCAUCGUUGCUGUUGGGGUAGCCGUCCUGCUCGAACAUGGAAGAUUCAUGCAGUGGAGGACUGUAAUGUUUAUGUAGGAACACUGGAUACAUUUAUAGAGGAAAGAGAGAUCGUAAGAGAGACUGAACCAUACCUUGGUGGCGGUAUUGAUGGAAAAGAUAAUGGACCUGAACUUGGUAUUUGGGAAUUGGAUCUAAGAUCUCAGUUCCCUAUUCUAUUUGUACCCUACAACGAAGUGCGGCAAAAGAUUCCUCAUUCUGAAGUUAUUGAGAAAUGCUCAGUUUGUGCUGGAAGAGGAAGUACAGUCUGUGCCACAUGCAAUGCAGACCAAGAACCUGGAUUUUACAAGGAAAAUCAGAUGACUCAGUGUGCUACUUGUUAUGGAAGGGGUUUAAUAGCUCAUAAAGAUGGUUCCGACACAGAAUGUGUGAAAUGUAAGGGCAGGGGAAAGAUUCCUUGUGUGACUUGUGGAUCACGUGGGCUAAUUAAGUGUGUAACAUGUAAUGGAAGUGGUUCUCUUCUAGCACGCAAUAUAGCCAUUAUUCGAUGGAAGACUCUUUCAACUCGGAAAGUAAAUGCAACGAGUGGAGCAGCUUCAGUACCAGAUGAGGUUUUCAAUAGGUCCAAAGGGGUGGAAUUGUGCAACACUCAGGCACACCAAUGCACACCAGCCUUUUUUGCAGAUUCUUAUUUUCUGAACAAGUUUUCUUCUGAUGUCAUUGCUGAAAGAGCACAAGUACCUGCCACUGCAAGGGUCAUAUGUGAGAGGCACACAAUCUCAGUUGUGCCAGUAACUCGUGUAACCAUGUGUCACCGUCGGCAAUCCUUCAGUUUCUAUAUCAUAGAAUAUGGCAGGGAGGUGUAUCUUAAGGAUUAUUACCCUGCUAGAUAUUGUUGGGGCCUGUGUCCAUGUCUGGAGUGGUUGAAGUUGUAAUGUUUGAAACUUUUUAUACUGGCAGCAUUGAGGGGUACACCAGGUUCCAUCUACAAGAUUACGAGUUCUGUGUUUGUUUGUUCAGUUUGAUAAUAACAUAAGCAGAUUUCUGGGUUUGAGAGGUGUGAAGAUGAACAAUGUACUAUUUAUCUUUUUUUGCCAUUGAAUAAAUCUUAUCAUGUACUUGGUUUCUCUUUUUCAUAAAAAA